UAACUGCACAGGGAAGCAGAGUGGCUGUGUCCCGGAAAACUUAAAAUAUCGACUAUUUUUAUUUAAUGAUCGCUGUGUCAAGCGGUGUACAUAAAAUUAUAUGUUAACACCGCCCGGUUAAACGUCAGCGAGCAAGGAAACCAGAUAUAACCUGGAAGUAGGGUUAUAAAAGGCUUUCCGAUGCUGAAUUAGGAAUUAAGUCGUCUUAUUUUAGGUUGUUAAUGUUGCUGUUGACUUGUUGAACUCCAUGUGGGGAUCGAAAUGCCUUCUUAUUUUUAUUCAGAAGGCUGGUCUUCAAUUUGUGGACAGACGCAUUAUUAACGAAUUAAAACACUAGAUGUGAACAGACGAAUCCAAAGCCAGUCCUAGCUGGCAACACUGUGGUGGAGAUUCUCUGAUUGCCCAGGAAACGAUGCAGACAGAAGUCGACAUAAAAUCGCGUCAAACCUAGAAGAAAGAGACAAUGAGACGGAGCCUUGCUCCCAGUCAGCUGGCCAAGAGGAAGCAAGGAGAUUCCUCUGAAGAUGAGGACUGGCACCCGGAGGCGACCCCGAAGCGCAGGAGAGGUGGGAGUGUGAGUGGAAGAAGAGAGAGCUACGUCUCCCCUUUCCGUAAGCCCCUCACCCCGCUCACCAACCAGCCCGUCUGUCUGGACAGCAGCGCGCAUGAAGCCUUCAUUCGCUGUAUUCUCUCAAAGCCGUUUAAAGUUCCCAUUCCAAAUUACACUGGCCCGCUUGGUAUCAGAGCUCUGGGUUUGAAGCGAGCUGGAGUCCGGAAGGCACUUCAUGACCCCUUUGAAGAAGGAGCGCUGGUGUUGUAUGAGCCUCCCCAGCUGAGUGCUCAUGAAUUGAUCAAGGCAGACAAGGAGAAACUCCCUGUGCAUGUUGUUGUGGAUCCCGUGUUGAGUAAAGUGUUGAGACCCCACCAGAGAGAGGGGGUGAAGUUCCUGUGGGACUGUGUCACGGGCAGGCGCAUUCCUCAGAGCUACGGCUGCAUCAUGGGAGAUGAGAUGGGGCUGGGAAAGACCCUGCAGUGCAUCGCGCUGAUGUGGACCCUGCUCAGGCAGAGCCCCGACGCCAAGCCGGAGAUCGACAAGGCCAUCGUGGUGGCGCCCUCCAGCCUGGUGAGGAACUGGUACAACGAGGUGGGGAAGUGGCUGGCAGGGAGAAUCCAUCCGGUGGCCAUCGACGGGGGCUCGAAAGAGGAGAUCGACCGAAAACUCGUCCAUUUCAUCUCGCAGCAAGGCCUGAGGGUCCCAUCUCCUAUCCUGAUCAUUUCUUACGAGACUUUCCGUCUGCAUGCUGCUGUCCUGCACAAAGGCAAGGUUGGGCUGGUCAUCUGCGAUGAGGGUCACCGUCUAAAGAACUCGGAGAACCAGACGUACCAGGCUCUGAAUGCCAUGAGUUCCCAGCGCCGUGUCCUCAUCUCUGGGACGCCUAUCCAGAAUGAUCUGCUGGAGUACUUUAGCCUGGUGCACUUUGUGAAUGCUGGUAUCCUCGGGACUGCUCAGGAGUUUAAGAAGCGCUUUGAAAUCCCCAUCUUGAAGGGACGUGAUGCUGAUGCCAGUGACAAAGACAGGCAGUGUGGGGAGGAGAAGCUCAAAGAGCUCAUCUCCAUUGUCAACAGGUGUUUAAUCAGAAGGACGUCGGAUAUUCUUUCGAAGUACCUGCCUGUGAAGAUCGAGCAGGUCGUCUGCUGCAGGCUGACCCCUCUGCAGACAGAGCUGUACAAGCGGUUCCUGCAGCAGGCCAAGCCUGAGGAGGAGCUGCAGACGGGCAAGAUCUCCGUGUCCUCACUGUCCUCCAUAACCUCUCUGAAGAAGCUCUGCAACCACCCGUCUCUUAUCUAUGACAAGUGUCUUGAAGGAGAGGAAGGCUUCGAUGGUGCCCUGGAGCUGUUCCCCCCAGGGUACAGCCCUAAGGCUGUGGAGCCACAGCUCUCCGGGAAGAUGCUUGUGCUGGAUUAUAUUCUGGCCAUGACAAGAAGCACCACCAGCGAUAAAGUGGUUCUGGUAUCGAACUACACUCAGACUCUGGACCUCUUUGAGAAGCUGUGCCGAUCUCGGAGGUACCUCUAUGUUCGAUUGGAUGGUACCAUGUCCAUUAAGAAGAGGGCGAAAAUUGUGGAGAGAUUCAACAGCCCCUCUAACCCAGAGUUCAUUUUCAUGCUGAGCAGCAAGGCUGGGGGCUGUGGGCUGAAUCUGAUCGGCGCCAACCGCCUGGUGAUGUUUGACCCGGACUGGAACCCAGCGAACGACGAGCAGGCCAUGGCCCGCGUGUGGCGAGACGGGCAGAAGAAGACGUGCUACAUCUACAGGCUCCUCUCGACGGGGACGAUCGAGGAGAAGAUCCUCCAGCGCCAGGCCCACAAGAAGGCCCUGAGCAGCUGCGUGGUGGACGAGGAGCAGGACGUGGAGCGCCACUUCUCCCUGGAGGAGCUGCGCGAGCUCUUCUGCCUGCGCGAGGACACGGCCAGCGACANNNGCCCUAGGUUCCGCUGCCGGCGCUGUGUGAACGGGCGGCAGGUCCGCGCCCCCCCCGACGACGCCGACUGCACCAGCGACCUGUCCCAGUGGCACCACGGCUCGGACAGGAGGGGCUUGAGGGACCCGGUGCUGCAGGCGUCCUGGGACGCGGGCGUCUCCUUCGUCUUCCACCAGCGGUCCCACGAGGACCAGAGAGGGCUGCUGUGACAGGCUGGCUCGGCCUUCAGCGGGACGAACCGGAGCAGAGCUCGUCUUCCAUCUGCCGGCAGG